AUGGAAUGGUCACAGGUUAUCCCUGAUACGGACGACGCGUUACUGAACGAAGUGCUAUCUACACUAAGGACACAGAGUGGGGACUUUGAUGACAUUUCCGAUUCUUCCUUCCACGGCGAGGAUUCCCUGUUGCUGGAGGAAAACGCACUGUCUGCCACUCACUUUUUUGAUGUAUUAGACGUCUCAGAUGUCUCCUUUCACGAAGGAGAUUCUCUCAUCCGUGACCUUCCAGUAGAUUCGUUGGAUGGAUCGUCCAGUGGACAAAGUGGCGCCGGACGAAAAAACGAAUUUGAUAUUCGUAUCUUGGGUGAAAAACAACUCAAGACAAUGGGAGCCGUGCAAGUUCAGUACGAGCUGGAGUUUCGUGACGACUUUUUUAAAGAAAAUAAGAAAAUGGUUGAAGUCAAAAACAUAUUGAAGGACGCAUUUGAGGAGAUGUUGAAAAGAGUCAAGAAAGACCUUCGUCCCGGAGAUAUCAUUAAAGCAGGCAUUCAAAAUGAUCAUUUAGAUAUACCAGUGUUCAUUCCUUGUCGCCCCAUGGAAGAGAUGAAUGCCGAGGUUAUGCUGGAGAGUCUGAUGACCGUCCUCAACAGCAACGAGGACAUACCUUUCGAUUCCUCCUGUCGAAUCGACGUCGGGGCCAUCAAAUAUCCUCGCGGUGGUACGGGGAAGAAGAUAUGUCCAGACUGUCAUCAGACCUGUCGCUCUGGAUCCUGUUAUGAAAGACACAAGAGCCGGAAAGACGGAAAAGACGGAGGAUACGUACCAUGUGAUCUUCUCUACAAAUGUCCGUCCUGUAAGAAGACCAUAUUACGAUGCGAGAAGAAACCCGAAGAUCAACAGUGCGGAUACUACACCUGUAAGUCUUGCAGACAGUAUGUAGAUACGGAUCAUUUAUGUUUUGCUAGAAAACAUACAGUCGAUAAGAACCCGAGCGGACGCCGAUUCAUCUUUGCCGACAUCGAGGCAUCGCAGAGGGACGAAAUGGUCCAAUGUGACUGGGGAUAUGUUCCUCGGCGUCAUGCAGACUGCGACCUGUGCACAUCAGAGGGAGACCCUUGUAUAUCUUGUCGUCUCUGUCAAAACUGUCGAAAGUCCCACUGUGGUAAAAUGAAACACACGAUGAUUUUAGCUGUGUGUCAGACAGCCUGUCCAAAAUGCGAGAAUGACGAUCUUACUCCAGACAGUACUUGUAACGAUUGCGGAGACAGAUGUUCGAGCUGCAAACAAAAGGACAAGAAGACCAAAAAAUACAUAACACCUCCAUGUGCCGAUCGUUGUGGUCAUCGAGAGCGUGUUUUUCAUUCCCUAUACGAUCUCGGAAGUUGGAUCUUUAGCGAACAUCACAAAGGAUUUACCGUAUUGUUUCAUAACCUGUCCUACGACGGUCAGUUCCUCAUGCAGUAUCUACUGUCACAAGCCAUUCGUCCUUCCAGCAUCAUCUACAGAGGAAGUAAAAUUCAAAUGUUUGGCGUUAGUGGCCUCCAGAUUCGUGUCAUCGAUUCUUUCAAUUUCCUACCCAUGGCCUUGGCUAAACUCCCCGAAGCUUUUCAGCUAGAAUCUCUGGCGAAAGGUUUCUUCCCGCACUUUUUCACGUGUGAGGCAAAUCGGAAGUAUGUGGGACCUUAUCCACCCGCCGAGGCAUACGGUCCCAACGCCAUGUCGUUGAAGGGUAGGGAGGCGUUUUACCGGUGGUACGAGACCAAAGUAGGUGAGAUCUUUGAUUUUGAGAAAGAAAUUCUCAAGUACUGUCGGAGUGACGUCGACAUCCUCAUACGUGCAUGUCUGAAAUUUAAAAAUCUCUUACUGGGGGCUACUGGUGAAGACGGAGGUCACGCAAUUGAUGCCUUUGAUUCCUGCACCAUUGCGUCUCUAUGCAUGGACGUAUUUAAGACCAAAUUUCUACCCGAAAAGUGGAACUUUCUCAUUAAAGAGGGCGAUCAGGAACGCUGGGUCGAAGGUCAGAUACGUGAUAAUGUGACUUUCGUAAAAGAAGCAGACCGGUGGAUUCCGUGGAACGAAUACGGCGGAGAAAAUGUCAUUGUCGUGAAGGAAGAAUUUGUCAACUCUCCAAUUGCUCGAGCGCCACCCAGGGGGUAUCCGUCUCGCCUUAAAUACAGUCGCAAGUCCAUCUGCUGGUUGGAGUUGCUAAAACAUCGCGCGCGAGUCUCUGGAGUCGAGUUGGAUAUUUGGCAUGCGCUAACUGGACGCGGGGAAUACCGAGUACCCGGUACCCGAUAUUUCGUGGAUGGAUAUCAACCCCCUAAUGAUCUUCAGCCUCGCGGAGUGGCGUACGAGUUUCACGGCUGUUUGUAUCACGGAUGUAAGGUCUGUUUUAAGAAUCGAGAUGCCGUUCUGAUACCCAACUCUGAUCAGACGGCUUCCGAAUUGUUUGCUCUGACCAAGCAGAAGGAAAAACGACUCAGAGAGCUAGGACUGAAAGUCGUGAGCAUCUGGGAGCACGAGUUUGACGCCUUGCUAGUUACAGAUAUAGAGGCCAGAGCGUUUAUAGAGAAUUUAGAAGUAGUGGAUCGUCUCGACCCCCGGGAGAGUUUAAUGGGUGGACGUACCAACGGGUGUGUAUUAUACAAACGAACCAGAAGAGACGAAAAAAUCAAAUACGUGGACUUUACGUCACUGUACCCUUUUGUGAACAAGACCUGUCGAUAUCCUGUUGGGCACCCAGAGAUCAUCACAUGCGAUUUCGGCGACAUUGACUCGUAUUUCGGAUUGGCUAAAGUCAAAAUCCUUCCUCCUAGACGUCUAUUUCAUCCUGUUUUAGGAUACAGAGAGGGAGGCAAGCUUACGUUUCCCCUCUGUCGCACUUGCGUCGAGCGUCAACAGCAAGAACCCUGUACUUGUUCGGACGCACAGAGGGCCUUGACUGGAACCUACUGCACGCCGGAGCUGAUCAAAGCUGUUGAAAAAGGGUACAAGAUUCUUAAGAUGUACGAGGUAUACCACUGGAGAGAGACAACGCAGUACGAUCCAGUCACAAAGACUGGAGGUCUCUUUUCCUCCUACAUCAACAUGUUCCUCAAGAUCAAACAAGAGGCCAGUGGACGACCGAAGUGGGUCAAGACAGAAUCCGAUCUCGAACGGUAUAUCACGAUGUACGAGAAAAAGGAAGGACUCCGGCUCGACCCUGAAAAAAUCGAAGUAAAUCCCGGACUCAGGAGUUUGGCAAAGCUGUUACUAAACAGCUUUUGGGGGAAAUUUGGACAGAACAUGAAUCUGACUCAGACCCAUUUCGUACACGACAGUCAAGCUCACAAGCUCUUUGGUUACAUGACCGACCCUACCGUAGACGUCGUCGACUUUAACAUCGUGGACGACGAAAACCUCAUGUUGUCCACUAGGCGCACCUCAGAAGAGAUGUGUUCACCGGGUCACACUAACGUGUUUCUAGCUUCCUUUACCACCUGUUGGGCCCGUCUUCAACUGUAUGAGUUGCUCGAGCGUUUACAGACCCGAGUCCUUUAUUGGGACACGGAUUCCGUGAUUUACGUGACGAAGGAAGGAGAGUGGGAACCCCCCAUCGGAGACUAUCUCGGAGAGCUCACCAACGAACUGGAGGAGGGGGACUGGAUCACAGAAUUUGUCUGUAACGGUCCAAAGAACUACGCUUACCAGACCCAGAAUGGAAAAAGAUUAUUAACCUAG